GUAGGAGGGUGGAGGGGCGCGCGGAGCCACCGAGGCGCACUCCCGGCGCGUCGGGCCGCAGGAUUUCCCACCGCCGCCGUCCCGCUGUCUGCCUAAGUCCCGGAGGCCGCCCAGCCGCGCUCUGGCUCUCGUGUGUCCCCACCCCACUCCCAUGGCUUCACCAGACGACCCUCUGCGCGCAGAUCAUGUGGCAAAGGAGCCAGUGGAAGACACAGACCCCAGCACUUUCUCCUUGAACAUGUCAAACAGAUAUCCCAUUCAAGAUACAGGACUCCCUAAAGCUGAGGAGUGCAAUACAAUUACUUUGGAAGAAUGUCCACCAAAUUCUGAUAUGCAACAGCAGGGAGAAGAAAAUGGCUUUCCAGAUAGUACUGGAGAUCCCCUUUCAGGUGUCGGCAAGGAUGAGUCCUGCAAAGAAAACUGUACUUGUUCCUUUUGCUCUGUGCGGGCCCCCACCAUAGGUGACUUGCUCAAUGACCAGGACUUAUUAGAUGUGAUCAGGAUAAAGCUGGAUCCCUGUCACCCAACAGUCAAAAACUGGAGGAAUUUUGCAAGCAAGUGGGGCAUGCCCUACGAUGAAUUGUGUUUCCUGGAGCAGAGGCCACAGAGCCCCACCGUGGAGUUCCUGCUGCGCAACAGUCAGAGGACAGUGGGUCAGCUGAUGGAGCUGUGUAGGCUAUACCACAGGGCUGACGUGGAGAAGGUUCUGCGCAGGUGGGUGGAGGAGGAGUGGCCCAAGAGGGGGCGUGAAGACCACCCCAGACACCUCUAGAGCUCUCCUUCCUUCAUGAGGCUCUCUGGACAUUGAGACAACCACAGGUCAAGGAGGACUGUGAAUCUGCUCUAGAGUUUAGGAUAAGGACACGGAAUGAUGGAUGCUGGUUUCCCCAAAACCUAGUGGUCUUGUUGGGGUAGGUUUCGUGUUGGUGGUGGAUGUUUGUUUGUUUUUGCACAUUUGUUUUAAUUUAAUAUUUGAAUCUGGAAUUGGGGGAAAUAUUAUGUAGGCUCCUAUAGCAGCCAAAGCCUACAAUCAGAAUGGAUACAUGCUGUAAAAAUAAAAUUAUCCUCUCCCUUAAACACUGCUGAAGAUUCCAGUAGGACCAGAGACUGUUCAAGGUCCCAGACACACAUACAUCACCACAGGGAAGACCUUUCAUAAUCAGCGGCAGUCACGUGGCUUGGAAGAAAACAACAGGGAGAAAUUACCCUGUUUUUUUGGUUUGUUACUUUUUUUAUAAAGUACUUCGGUGAAUUAAAGGAU